AUGGCGGCCUGCAGCAGGAUUUUACAGGAAGGUAGUAGGAUUUCCCGUAUGUUUAGGUGUAACUCGGCUUUAAAGUUGAGGAUAACACACUGGGGAAGAGUUAGUGCAUCGUACAGUACUUCCCCGCAACCAACCACUCCCAGUGAACCUGUACCUACAGUGGAACCAUCCAUUGAGCUCCCAGGUGAGGAUGAGCACAGGGAGAGAUUUAUACCUAUAUCAAGACGAUCCCUAAUGAGAAAUCUGCUUCAGGAAGAAAAGUUCUUCACAGAAGAUGAGAAGAAAAAGUUUGAGGAAUUUGCAGUUUCUCUUGAUACCGCUAUAACGAACCAUUACCAUAGUAUACUAGUAGAGUUAAAGGCUUUAUUUGAUCCCAUCAAUCCGGAUAAAGACACGAUAGCCACCAGGAAGUGGUUAAGGAGAGAGAAAUUGGAUAAUGAAUUCUGGUUGCUACAGAAACUAGCUUUAGUGAUGCAGAAAGCCAACUUCCAUGAGUUACCCAAACAGGUAGUGGAACAAGCACUGGACGAACACACCGCUGAGGAAGGAGUCAAGGUGAGCGUUGAUCCUAACUCGUAUGACGUCUUAAGGUACUGGGCUUUAGGACGUGAAACGCCAAUUGUUCGUUACACAAUGUCUCAGAAAUUACAGCGCAAGUUCACUGGAUUAUUUGCUAAGGAAACAGGAGAUACGAAGCCUAUGGACUACUACAAGCGUGUGGUUGUUGCCGUGCGGCCAAAAACAGAAGAGAAACUUCUGUUGAAGAUGUUUAAAGAAGUUCCCAUCAAAGCUUUGGAACAGUUGCUACCAGAUGGCAAAAUUAAAAUGACAGUACUUGAUAAGUAUAUUCUGAGCACCUCAAUUGGUCUUGGUGCUUUAGCUUUGUUAGUGAAGGCUGUGACUUUCAUGGCACACAUGCAAGUCCAGUGGACUCUCCUGGUUGUCUCCAUAACAGGAAUUGUCGGUAUUCAGGCUUGGACUGGUUAUAAAAACAGACACAAUAGAUAUCUAGCGCAGUUGUCACGAAUGUUGUAUUUUAAGAAUGUUGCCAAUAACCGUGGACUAUUAACUUUGCUAGUGGAUCGCGCGGAGGAUGAACUGUUCAAGGAGACUAUUUUAACUUAUUCCUUCCUGCUUGCACAAAGACCGCCAUCUCACCUGGAACAAGGAGCUAAAGAUGGACCAUCUGUGGUCUAUCCAGUUAAAUCAGGUGGCAUAACGUCAUCUAUGCUUGAACAGAAGGUGGAAGAUUGGGUGUAUGAGAAAACCAAUGAGAAUGUAGAAUUUGAUUCUGAUGAACCAGUCAAGCUUUUAGAAAGCUAUGGAAUUUUAACGGAUAGUGAUUCGCUGCUAACUGUUCAUCCAUUAGAUGCUGCUCUACGUAAUUUACCAACACGGCCUACUUCACUAGUCACAAAUGUGGAGGAAUUCGACCUAGAACUGGAAGAAGGAUACGAGAGAGAAUACUAUGAACGAGAAAGUGUUUACAAAUCAUCUGAAAAAAGGUGGAAAAUGUUUGGCUGGUUUAAAUAAUUCUAGAAAUGUAAUAUAAUAAUUAUUUUCAUAUGAUUACUGUUCGCUCCUGUAUCUCCACUCGCAGAAGUCCCCUGAUAAUUUUUGGAAUCUAAUUAAAAUCUAAUGUGGUAGCUUCUUCUACUUUUAAUUUUGAUCUCUGGUGUACUACAGCUAACCAAAAUAAUAUGCAAAUCAGAUUCAGGCUGGUUUGCUCUGACAUGAUUUGUCAACAAAUUCAAGCGUUUCUUACUAGAAAGCAGUGUAGAUUCGAAAUGCACUUUCUGAUUGGUUGCUCGUCCCACAAGACCUGAAUGUACACUGGUGAUUGGCAACUACCUUUAAAAAUCAGACUGCCUUGUAAUUAUCAAAGAUGAAUAUUUUCACUUCUGCAAUAUCAUAUGUGUCAGAAGUUUAUAGGAAUAAACUAAAUCAACAUGACACUUGUAUAAUUUAACUGCUUUGUAGCAGCAGGUGCUACAUUCCCACCAUUAUCAUAAUUUCACUACGGAAACAUUAACACACACAC